CCACGAUGAGCUCUCUGAAACAUCUCAAAGUGUCUCCGAAGGAAGCUCAUACAGCAACCAUCAUAUUCUUACAUGGUUUAGGCGAUAGCGGUCAAGGUUGGUUACCUGUGGCCAAGGCUCUCUGGAGCAAUUUCCCAGGACUCAAGUGGAUUUUACCCCAUGCGCCGCUGCAACCCGUCACUAUCAAUCAGGGUAUGCGCAUGCCAUCCUGGUUCGAUCUAUCGACCCUGGACAAAUUGACUGACUCGAAAUACGACGAUGAACGUGGACUCUUGGCAUCCAUAGCAUCUGUCGAUGCGCUCAUUCAAGCUGAAGUAGAUGCUGGAAUCCCCGAAUCCAAGAUCUUCCUCGGAGGAUUCUCACAAGGAGGCGCAGUGGCCAUGUAUAGUGGUUUAACGGGUAAACGAAGGCUCGGAGGAUUGUUGGCGUUGAGUACUUGGAUUCCAUUGAAUCACAAGGUUCCACAGACCUUGACGACACACUCGAGAGACAUUCCCAUCUUCUGGGGACACGGCAAAGACGAUCCGGUCGUAGCGUAUGAAUUCGGUGAACGAUCCGUCGACCUGCUCACUCGUCAACUUGGGUUCCCUCGCGUUCCCGCUGGGAGCAUCUUUGCUCGUCCAGGAUUGCGAUUCCAAACAUAUGAGCACAUUGGACAUGGAACGAACCAGAGAGAAAUUGAGGAUAUCAAACUGUGGCUCGAGGCGGCCCUCAAGUAGGGUUGGCAAGGAUCUCCUCAGAUCAUCUCGUGUUAGGAUACAACUAUUGCACAUGCAUUGACCGUGUGGCACG